AUGUGGGAGAGUAAAAUUGAACAUAAUAGGAGGAGCUAACAUUUCCUAUCUUAAAAUAAUUUCCAAGACAAAAAAGAAAACAUUUAGUAGCCCCCUUUCAAAAACUAUGUUUUAGGAGAAAAAACAUAAAAAGUACAGUAAAUUAAUUAAUUGGAAACACAAGAAUUCCAACAAAGAGGAACCAACAAACAUAGAGUAUUUGGAAGGGUCAUAAAUGAAAAUGGAGUAAAUAGCAAUAACUAUUUUCAUAGUUAGCCUUUACAAAAGCAAUUUAAGGUUUUUAAUCCGUUUGCUUAAGACUUCAACUUACUUCAAGACGAUCAAAAUAAAGAAAAUGUAUUAACAUUUUAGCACAAUUUUCAGAGUGAAGUUCAUAAAAAUCAAUAAACGAAGAAUAUUAAUCAAGAAAUUAAUAAAGAAUUAGCUUAAUCUGAAAAAAGCUUUUAGAUGAUUGAUGAGAGUGAAAAAAUUAACUCCUCAUCAGAAAGUUAAUUGAUAUAAAAUAUUUUAAAUCUUGACCUUUUAAACACUUCUCAAAGUAUGAUUGAGUAAAAUCAAAACUAAUUAAUUAAUUUUUGCUAAGAAAAUGACAAAUUGAAAGAAUUUCACAUUAUCAACGAAACAAAUUAUAACACACUCAAAAGUACUUAAAUAGAAAAAAUUAAUUUUUUUGAUCGAUAAUUCAUUUCGAAUCCAAUUUAUGUAGCUGAAUAUGCAUAAGAAAUAUUCGAAUAUUUGUAAGCUCAUCAAGAGAGAUAUUUAUGUAAAGAUAACGUAGACCUAAAAGACAUGCAUACUUAGAUAAAUGAAACUAUGAGAUGUAUUCUUAUUGACUGGCUUACUGAAGUUUCCAUAAAAUACGAAUUGAAAGAAGAAACCAUCUUCAUGUGUAUAUACAUGCUAGAUAUCUAUUGCAGACUAUGCUAUCAGGAUGGAAUACAAAUAUUAAGAGACCACUAUUAAAAGAUUGGUGUUUCUUGCUUGUAUAUUUCAAGCAAACUAGAAGAAAUUUAUCCUCCUGGAGUAAAAGAAUUUGUUAAAAUUUGUGAUGGAGCUUACAAACUAAAAGAUAUUAUAAGCACAGAAACAGAUAUAUGCCUAAAAUUAUAAUUUAACUUCUCCUUUCCUACGCCAUUUACAUUUUUUGUAAGAUAUUCUAAAAUUCUAGGUCACAGUAAUCUGCAAUAUUAUCAAGGAUUAUUUAUCUUGUAUCUUUGUUUUAUGCACUCUGAACUCAGUCCAAUGUACGUUAAAUCCUCAAUAAUUGCUUCUUGUAGUUGCUUUUUAGUUGAAAGCGUUGCUGAAAAUAUUUGGGACGAAAAAAUUAAAUCUCUUUCCUCAAUCGUCUACCUUCACCCUACUUCUGAUUUUUAAUUCUUAAUGCCAAGCAUCCAUAAACUAAUUUAACUUUAUUCGAAUCCUUAGUUUCCUUUUGAGGCAAUUAGAAAAAAGUUUUCAUCUGAUUCAUUUUGUAAAGUUUCUACCACUUUUACCUAAAACAUUUCUGAUAGCUAAAAAAAUUCCUAAUAAUAAUCUUAACAACUAACCAAUAUUUGA